AUGAAUAAAAUAUAUCACCUUUUUAACUACAUGCGUGAGUUCUCCCAUAUUCAAUUCGUCCACCCAGCUGUCAUGGCUCCCAGACAACAGGGCGCCAAUGCCUCAGCUUUGGAGAAAGAGAUUGGUCCGGAACAAUUUCCAGUCAAUGAGCAUUAUUUUGGUUUGGUUAAUUUCGGGAACACAUGCUACUGCAAUUCAGUUCUUCAGGCACUUUAUUUUUGUCGUCCAUUUCGAGACAAAGUCUUAGCAUACAAGAGUCAACCAAGAAAAAAAGAGAAUCUCCUUACAUGCUUAGCUGAUCUUUUCCACAGUAUAGCCACUCAGAAGAAAAAAGUUGGAGUAAUACCUCCCAAGAAAUUUAUAACAAGAUUACGAAAAGAAAAUGAGCUUUUUGAUAACUACAUGCAGCAGGAUGCACACGAAUUCUUAAACUAUCUAUUAAAUACAAUUGCGGAUAUCUUACAAGAGGAAAGAAAACAAGAGAAACAAAAUGGUCGCCUACCUAAUGGCAACAUCGACAAUGAAAAUAACAGUCCACCAGACCCAACCUGGGUUCAUGAAAUCUUUCAGGGAACAUUAACUAAUGAAACUAGAUGUCUUACUUGUGAAACUAUAAGCAGCAAAGAUGAAGACUUCUUAGACCUUUCAGUUGAUGUGGAGCAAAAUACUUCCAUCACUCAUUGUUUAAGGGGUUUCAGCAAUACAGAAACUCUGUGCAGUGAAUACAAAUAUUACUGUGAAGAGUGUCGCAGUAAGCAAGAAGCACAUAAAAGGAUGAAAGUAAAAAAGCUGCCUAUGAUUCUAGCUCUCCAUUUGAAGAGAUUUAAAUACAUGGAUCAGCUGCAUCGAUACACAAAACUCUCUUAUAGAGUAGUUUUUCCUUUAGAGCUUCGUUUGUUUAACACCUCAGGAGAUGCCACCAAUCCUGACAGAAUGUAUGACCUUGUUGCUGUGGUAGUUCAUUGUGGAAGUGGCCCUAAUAGAGGACAUUAUAUUGCAAUAGUGAAGAGUCAUGAUUUUUGGUUGCUUUUUGAUGAUGAUAUUGUAGAGAAAAUUGAUGCACAAGCUAUUGAAGAAUUCUACGGGUUGACAUCAGACAUCUCAAAGAACUCUGAGUCUGGUUACAUCCUCUUCUAUCAGUCCCGAGAUUGAGGGGGAGCUGUAGCGAAGAAAGAUUUUUAUGCCUCCCUUCUUUGACUAUCUUGGAAUGGAGCAAGCACUGAAGAAAGUAAUGCAGGAAGCUCCAGGGGCAGUAGCAGAGUUUGCACACAACUAAGCAAAGAAUUUGGGAUUUUUUAAAACUUCAUAUCAUUUUCAUUUUAUUUGCUCAGGUAUCAUAUUGACUACACAUCUCCACUGCAUCCCAUAAGCAAAAAGAGAGAUACCAGCCACUCUUGCAGGAGCUUUCAAUAGCUAAUAUUACCUUUGUGAUCCUAAUUCAAACCCUGUUAAGGUCACUGGAGAACUUUUCAUGGACUUCAGUGGAAUUUGAAUCAGGUUCGAACUGCACUGCCAGAUUAGUGCAAUAGGAGUAUUAGAAUUCUGAUAUUUUAUACAGACUUCUUGUAUAAAAAGUAAAGGACUUUUUGUGAACAUAAUUUCCUGUAUUUAAGUUGGAAAGAAUCAGGUUGGGAGGGUUAGUAUGUAAGCAAGAAGAUAUGUUUGGGCCCAACACAAUUGCCUUCUUGAUGGUAGUAGUUUAACUGCAAAUAUAAACUGGUGUCAGGGAGGCAAGUAUGUUUUGCUUCUCUGAAGAAGCUUACGUUAUUUAUAAUGUAUGAUCGGGAACAAUCAGUCCAGAUUAUGGCUUUUCAUCUCCGUAUGGGGAAAGAUUUGGUUUGUAAUAGUUUAUUUUUAUUUAUAAGUUAUUGUAACUUCUUAGGAUGCUGUGUGUUGUCCUUUAUUCUAACAAGUAUUUGAAAUUUUUUAUAUUGAUUUGAAUUAAAACUAAUUAUCUUUAAGUGUUAAAAAACAGCCAGUAUAAAUUCUAAAAACAAUGCCUACAAUGUCUUUAAAAUGAAUAUCAUGGAAGAGAGAUUUCCUUCUGGAGGAACUGGUGUCUGAGUGUGCUACUUUAUUUAAUUAAAUUAGAAUAUUCUCUUUUCAUUAGCGGGUGAAAAAAAAAAGAUCAAACUACUACAUAGAAGACUUUAAGAAUGCAUAUCAUAAGAAAAUGAUGGUGCAGUGGUGGUUUACUGGUCUUUGUAGUUCUUUAAUUAUUUGUUAAUGAUUCCUACUCUAAGCAAAUUAGAAUGACCUGGAUCAAAGUAAACAGUUUUCAGAAUAUUAUUCCCUCUCCAGAAAAUGGAUCCACUUCAGUUACCAGUGCCAUGGGUGACUGUCUCAAAAACAACCCAAGGCCUCAAAUGUAAAAUAUGUCUGAGUAAUAAAAAGAAAUAAGCUUGGAAUUUCAUGAAACUGAAGAUACCACAUUCCUUUAAAAGUAGUAACAAUGCUUAGGGCCCGUAGGGUGUUUUUUUUCUGAAACUAAACAGUUUACCUUGCUUUAGGUUUAUGAAGCAGCAUUAAGAAUUACAUCUUGAUCCAACACCUUAUAUGUAAUAAAUGUGAACUAUUGUGAUUUGACAUUCUUCCACUUACUAUAUUUUUUUGUCUGACAGUAGUUGAAUGUAAUUGCUGGAGAAUCAUGGGAUACACAUUCCAGAUUAUGGCAGUCAGGCCUUGGAUGUCUUUGUCACCCCUCUUCAGCUAGUAGUUUUUACAUUAUCGUAGUUUUCUGAGGUUAUUUUAUUGGUACUGUUUAAACUUUUAGAAAGAAUGUCUCCUGUCUGCUGCUAUAACUGACUAUUUACUUACCUGUAUCUUUUAGCUCAGGAAAUGACUUCACCUAUACAUUCAGUUGAACAAAUCUUUAACAGGGUCACUAAAUAAAUUGGGCUAUUUAACAACUGUCAUACUGUAACAAAUUCUUUUAUAAAAUGCAAAGUUUCUAAAGCUCUGGCUUGGCUAUAAUUCUUUUAUAUAAAAUUAUAUAUCAUGAUUAAACUACCAGCAUUGUAAAGAGAAGGUUGAAUAUUAUGGGAGAUGCAUACAAAUAUAACAGAUUGGAUUUAAAGGAUUCCAAUUAUUUUUAAAACUUGUUUCAACUUUCAGUGGAGAAAGGGUUAAAGGGUGAAAGCAGUUGGAUAAUGGUGCAUGUUAGAAGGAUGAAGUCCUUUGCAUACUAAAGGUACAGUAUUGUGGAAAAAAUCGUCUUAUUACUUUUUCCUGAUUGGCAAAUGUUUGGUCAUCUGUUCUUGUUUGGGUUUUUUUUUUUUUUUGAUGUAGUUAAAAGCAGAGUUUAGUAGCUAAAUAUUUUAUAACGUAACUAUUUAAAACAUUUUUGUUUUCACCGAUAGCCACAAGAUAUUUUGUUUUACUCCUGCAAGGUAUUUUUAUAAAAUGCUGACUUUUAUUUUGUAUAAGGGUUUUGAGAUAGUAUUCCAAAUGAUAUAUUUCAUUUUACUUCCAGUGCAGCUGAAAUAAUCAGACUUCUUGAUUAAAUUGAAAUCAGAAACUGCAACUUUAAAAAAGGGAGGGGGGAAAAAUAGAGAAGUACAAAAUAUAACUGAUUAGUAUGUAAAGCGUUAUAGAAUUAUUUCUUGGUUGUAAUACAAUGGGGAGUGUGGGAGGGCUGUCAGUUGUUGUAAAUGGUGGAAAUGAUUUGUUGUGUAACUAUGUAAAUGUUAAUUGGGACUACAGUCCUCUAUUUUGUAUAUUGGAGCAAAAACUUCUAUUAAAUAAAGUAUGUUCUCUAAAGGUAAGUACUGUAUCCUUUGUAGAUCCCUAAUGG